UUUUUUUUCUAUUUCUUUCUUUGACAAUAUUCAUCUUUAUUUUAAAUGAACAUUUGUUUAAACCAUUCAAAAUGUGCGUGUGUGUCAGUACUUAGUGUAAACGAAUAAGGAAGAAAAGAGAUAUAGUUGUGUGCAAGCAAUAAGAAUAUUAGUACCAAAUAUACUCAUCUAUUUUGUGUACCUGCACUGUCUGUGUGUAUGUGUGUAUGACGAAAAGCGAAAUUCAACAGCAAGUGAAAAUAGAAUGUCUAUUUAUUGCAAAGUGUUUUGAAAAUAAAGUGCUGUUUAACGUUUAUUUUGUGCUCGUUUUUGUGGACACGCAUCAAAUGAUGUUUUUUUACUCAUUAUUGAAAGUGUUUUUCUAAUUGUUCAAAUCAAAAUAUUACUUAAGCGACGACGAAGAUAAAAGUGUUUUUUUUUUCUUCAUCCAAAUGCCACCAAAACAAACAGCACAUAUAUAAAUUCAUCAAAGUUGGCAUCAAAGCCAUAGAACAUUUGGGAUCUCCUCAUAGUUUGUGCAUGUAUAGGGCAAAGGUGAAUACCAUUUUCAUAAAAAAAAUGUCGUGCCAUCUUCAUCAUCAUCAACAAAAAGACCAACAACAUAGACUUUUCGAGCCGGAUGACGAAUGGAAAUGUGACGAUGAUACACAACGACAAAAACAUCGAUCACGGCAAAUAAUAAAAAAUCAUCACAUCUAUUUAGUCGGCAUAUUUAGUUUAUAUAUAGUGUUGUUGCAAUGGAGCACCUGCCAUGCGAUGCACGAACAAACCGAUAUCGUGUCAUCAGGCGAUCUAUCGCCAUCGAUGCCCGCACACAAUAAAUGCGAACCAAUCACCAUAUCGAUAUGCAAAAAUAUACCAUAUAACAUGACCAUAAUGCCAAAUUUAUUCGGACAUACGCGACAAGAUGAGGCCGGUUUUGAGGUGUAUCAAUAUGCGCCAUUGGUUAAAGUCGGUUGCAGUCCGGAUUUACAAUUUUUCUUAUGCUUAUUGUAUGUACCAUUGUGUACGAUUUUGGAUCAUCCGAUUCCACCGUGCCGAAGUUUAUGUGAAAGUGCACGUAAAUGUGAAGUGGUUAUGAAAAAUUUUCGCAUUGAUUGGCCAGAAAAUUUAGAAUGUUCAAAAUUUCCAGAGGAUGGCCCGGGCAAAUUGUGUGUUGGCCAAAAUAAUAGCAAUGAAAAUGAUUCGCCGACAAAAAAUACAUUUCAUCCAACCAAAGUCAUUGACAGUGAUACACGACGCAGAAAUAAUGCACCACAUCAUUCGAAUGCCGGUGGUAUGACAUCACGUAAUUUUCGUUUUGUUUGUCCAUUACAAUUGAAGACACCGGCCGAUAUGGGAUACUCAUUAAAAAUUGACGGAUCGGAAACGAAAAAUUGCGGUGCACCAUGUCAUGCACUGUUUUUCAAAGAGAAUGAACGCACCAUUCUAAGGUAUUGGGUUGGAUCAUGGGCUGCUGUUUGUUGUGCCAGCUGUCUUUUUACGGUUUUAACAUUUUUGAUCGAUUCAUCACGAUUUCGGUAUCCAGAACGAGCAAUUGUAUUUCUAGCGAUAUGCUAUUUAGUGGUUGGAUGUGCAUAUGUGGCUGGUUUAGGUGCUGGUGAUUCAGCUGCAUGUCGUGAACCAUUCCCACCACCAAUUCGACUGAACAAACUUCCGAUGUAUUCAACCAUUACAAUGGGACACCGGCAAUCAACAUUAUGCACCAUUUUAUUUAUGGCAUUGUAUUUCUGUUGUAUGGCAGCGUUUGCAUGGUGGGCCUGUUUAGCGCUCGCUUGGUUUUUAGCGGCUGGACUAAAAUGGGGCCACGAAGCCAUCGAGAAUAAAUCGCAUUUAUUUCAUCUGAUUGCCUGGGCAAUACCAGCAUUGCAGACGAUAUGUGUGCUCGCCCUAGGAAAAGUCGAAGGUGAUGUGCUGUCGGGCGUAUGUUUUGUUGGCCAAUUGGAUUCAUAUUCGUUGGGUGUAUUUUUGUUGUUGCCGCUCUGCAUUUACUUGAUAUUGGGUGCAAUAUUUUUGAUGGCCGGUUUCACAUCAUUGUUUCACAUUCGAACGGUAAUGAAAGGCGAUGGAAAACGCACCGAUAAACUCGAACGUUUAAUGAUACGCAUCGGUUUCUUCAGCGGUUUAUUCAUUUUACCAGCAAUUGGAUUUCUGGGUUGUCUAUUUUACGAAUAUUACAAUUUUGAUGCGUGGAUGCUACAAUGGAAUCAGGAUAUGUGUACCAAAUUUUCGAUACCAUGUCCAUUCAAUAGUCGGUAUCAAGAGAAUGAAUCUCGACCAUUAUUUGUUGUAUUUAUGAUCAAAUAUGUGUGUUCAAUGCUGGUCGGUGUCACAUCAUCCGUUUGGUUGUAUUCGGGUAAAACAGUGGUCAGUUGGCGGCGGUUCAUUGAACGUUUGCAAGGCACUGGUACCGCUAAUGUUGGUUUAGGUGUUAAUGGUGGAGCCAAUUUGGCUAAUGGUAUUACAUUGGGCAAUGUCGGCAAUGGAACAACUGCCGGCAAUUCAAAAACAGGCACAGCAAAUCUUGUGCGAACACGUGGACAAGCAUAUGUCUAGCAUGAAGAUGGUGCCGAUUCGGAUGAGGCACAAAAAUACAUCAACAUUUUACUAAGAUUGAAAUUAAAUAUAGAGAAUUUCAAACGCAAACCAAAUAUUUAUAUUGUUUUACAUAAUAAUGAACAAAUUAUUGCAAGCGAUGAC